CGCCUGCGCAGUGGCUCCGAGCGGGCGGUUGCUUGUUGGUUGUUGUAGUAACGGGGGAAGCAGCCGUCGGCGACUGCCGUGAGCCUGGCUGGGGCAGGAGGAGGAAGGUAGGCGCAGAGCGCGGUCCCCGCCUGCCUGCUCCGAGCCAUGGGAAGAUGAGACAGGAAUCUGUGCCACCCAAAUUGUCUGAUCCAGUGAAUCUGCAAGGAAAGGUCUCUGAGGCCCCUGUCUGCUGACUGCAUGACAAACUCUAAAGGAAAUGCCAGUCGUGAUGGCCCGGGACCUGGAGGAAACAGCAUCUUCCUCAGAGGAUGAGGAGGUGGUAAGCCAAGAGGAUCAUCCAUGUAUCAUGUGGACUGGAGGCUGCAGGAGAAUUCCAGUUUUGGUAUUCCAUGCUGAGGCCAUUCUGACAAAGGACAACAAUAUUCGAGUAAUUGGAGAACGCUAUCAUUUGUCUUAUAAGAUUGUGCGAACAGACAGUCGCUUGGUACGCAGCAUUCUGACAGCCCAUGGAUUUCAUGAAGUUCACCCAAGCAGCACUGACUAUAACUUGAUGUGGACAGGAUCCCACCUGAAGCCCUUCUUACUUCGCACCCUCUCUGAAGCACAAAAGGUUAAUCACUUUCCCAGGUCUUAUGAACUAACACGGAAGGACCGACUGUACAAAAACAUCAUUCGAAUGCAGCACACGCACGGWUUCAAGGCUUUCCACAUCCUCCCUCAGACCUUCCUCUUGCCAGCUGAGUACGCGGAAUUCUGUAAUUCAUAUUCAAAGGACCGGGGACCUUGGAUAGUAAAACCAGUGGCCUCUUCUAGGGGGCGGGGCGUCUACCUGAUCAACAAUCCAAACCAGAUUUCCCUGGAAGAGAACAUCCUGGUCUCCCGUUACAUUAACAACCCCCUGCUCAUAGACGAUUUCAAGUUCGACGUGCGCCUCUAUGUGCUCGUGACUUCCUACGAUCCUCUGGUCAUCUAUCUCUAUGAAGAGGGGCUGGCCAGGUUUGCCACUGUGCGAUAUGACCAAGGAGCCAAGAACAUUCGGAACCAGUUCAUGCACCUGACAAACUACAGUGUGAACAAGAAGAGUGGAGACUAUGUGAGUUGUGACGAUCCAGAAGUAGAGGAUUAUGGGAACAAAUGGAGCAUGAGUGCUAUGCUUAGAUACCUGAAACAAGAAGGCAGAGAUACAACUGCAUUGAUGGCCCAUGUGGAAGAUCUGAUCAUUAAGACUAUCAUCUCUGCUGAGCUGGCUAUUGCUACAGCUUGUAAAACCUUUGUCCCUCAUCGCAGCAGUUGUUUUGAACUAUAUGGCUUUGAUGUGCUCAUAGAUUCUACUCUGAAGCCAUGGUUGUUGGAAGUGAAUCUCUCUCCUUCUUUGGCCUGUGAUGCACCUCUGGACCUAAAAAUUAAAGCCAGCAUGAUUUCAGAUAUGUUCACUGUGGUAGGAUUUGUGUGCCAAGAUCCUGCCCAGCGGGCAACUACUCGGCCAAUUUAUCCCACCUUUGAGUCUUCCAGGAGAAACCCUUUCCAGAAACCUCAGCGCCCAGUAUCUGCACAGUUUCAAUCAUCAUACACCAAGCAGCGCUCCCGUCCACUCUCUGCCAGUGAUGCAGAAAUGAAAAACCUUGUGGGCUCCGCCCGGGAGAAGCUGCCGGGGAAGUUAUGUGGUUCUGUGCUUGGUCUGUCAAUGGAGGAGAUUAAAGUUUUACGGAGGGUAAAGGAAGAAAAUGAUCGGAGAGGUGGAUUUAUUCGCAUAUUUCCUACAUCYGAGACAUGGGAAAUAUAUGGGUCCUACCUCGAGCACAAAACCUCCAUGAACUACAUGCUGGCAACACGCCUCUUCCAGGACAGGGGAAACCCAAGAAGAAGCUUAUUGACAGGAAGAACACGGAUGGCUAUGGAUGGAGCACCAGAACUGAAGGUAGAAAGUGUGAACUCAAAGGCCAAGCUUCAUGCUGCUCUUUACGAGAGAAAGCUCCUGUCUCUGGAGGUGCGAAAACGUAGAAGACGGAGUGGCAGAUUGAGGGCAGUGAGGCCAAAAUACCCAGUGAUUACCCAACCAGCUGAAAUGAAUGUUAAAACUGAGACAGAGAGUGAAGAGGAGGAAGAAGUGGCAUUAGACAAUGAAGAUGAAGAGCAGGAAGCUUCCCAGGAGGAGUCUGCAGGGUCUCUUGGAGAAAAUCAAGCCAAAUAUUCACCCUCAUUGACUGUUAUGGUAGAAAAUUCAUCCAAAGAAAAUUCCAUGAAGGUUCCCGAAUGGAGUAAUAAAGGUGAACAGGGCUGCAAAAUUGACACUCAGGAGCCAGAGCCGAAGUUCAACCUGAUGCAGAUUCUGCAAGAUAAUGGAAACCUAAGCAAAGUGCAGGCCCGAAUAGCAUUCUCUGCCUAUCUCCAGCAUGUUCAAGUUCGCCUGACGAAGGACAGUGGAGGUCAGACCCUCAGUGCCAGUUGGGCUGCCAAAGAGGAUGAACAGAUGGAGUUGGUUGUUCGUUUCCUUAAACGAGCAUCAAGUAACCUGCAGCAUUCACUGAGGAUGGUAUUACCUAGUCGACGAUUGGCACUUCUAGAGCGCAGAAGAAUCCUCGCCCACCAACUAGGUGACUUUAUCAUUGUGUACAACAAGGAAACAGAACAAAUGGCUGAAAAGAAAUCAAAGAAGAAACUUGAAGAAGAGGAGGAAGAUGGGGUGAAUACAGAAAACUUUCAGGAUUUCAUCAGACGAGCAAGUGAGGCUGAAUUGGAGGAGGUAUUGACUUUUUAUACCCAAAAAAACAAGUCUGCAAGUGUCUUCCUGGGGACCCACACUAAAACUUCUAAGAACAGCAGCAGUUAUUCAGAUAGUGGGGCAAAAGGUGAUCACCCUGAGACAAUACAAGAAGUGAAAAUAAAGCAACCCAAACAGCAACAGGCAACAGAAAUUCACUCUGAUAAAUUAUCUCGAUUUACCACUUCAGCAGAAAAAGAGGCUAAAUUAGUCUAUACCAAUUGUACCUCUACUUCUUUCUCUGGUCCUGCUGCUACUCUUCUGCAGAAAAUUCCCAACACCCAUCUGUCAUCUAUUAUGACAACCUCUGCCCUCUCGCCAGGGCCUGGCCACCAUUCUGCUUUAUCUCACAUUCCUCAAGCCAUCCCCACCAUGCCUCAUCAGCCAGCAAUUUUACUGAGCCCAGUCCCUGACAAUGCUUCUUCCUCCAUACAUCCUGGGACACAGAACAUACCAAGCCCCGCUGGCCUGCCACGCUGUCGAUCAGGCAGUUACACCAUUGGCCCCUUUUCCUCUUUCCAAAGCGCUGCACACAUCUAUAGCCAGAAACUGUCUCGUCCCUCCUCAGCAAAGGCAGCAGGUUCAUGCCAUCCAAACAAGCAUCAUUCAGGAGUAGCCAAAAUGCAGAAAGAAGGAGAAGAUGGUUCUUCAUAUGGCAAACGGUACAGCCAAAGUAUGGUUACAGCUGAACUUCAGCGACUUGCCGAAAAGCAGGCAGCAAGGCAGUAUUCUCCAGCCAGCCACAUCAGUCUCCUCACRCAACAGGUAACAAACCUGAAUUUGGCAAGUGGUGUCAUAAACAGAAGCAGUGCUUCAACUCCCCCCAGCCUCCGACCUGUCCUCAGUCCUACUGGUCCAACAUGGUCCAUACAGUCAGACCCCCACGCUACAGAGAACCACUCCAGCCCUCCUGGAAGCAGGAGCCUCCAAACAGGUGGCUUUGCCUGGGAGGGCGAGGUGGAGAACAACGCGUAUAGCAAGGCUACCGGGGUGGCUCCCCAACACAAGUACCACCCCACGGCAGGCAGCUACCAGCUGCAUUUUGCUCUCCAGCAACUGGAACAACAGAAACUUCAGUCCCGGCAGCUUCUGGACCAGAGUCGAGCCAGGCACCAGGCGAUCUUUGGCAGCCAGACACUACCUAACUCCAAUUUAUGGACAAUGAAUAAUGGUGCAGGCUGCAGAAUUUCAAGUGCCACAGCUAGUGGCCAGAAGCCAACCACUCUGCCACAAAAAGUGGUGCCACCUCCAAGUUCUUCCUCCUCCCUGGUCCCCAAACCCCCAUCUAAUCAUAAACAAGUGCUCAGAAAGGCCACAUCCCAGAGGGCUUCAAAAGGGGCCUCCGCAGAAGGGCAGCUGAACGGACUCCAGAGCAGCCUUAACUCUGCAGCCUUUAUGCCCAUCACCAGCUCCACAGAUCCUGCUCACACUAACAGAUGAACCGCGAACGCACAGAGGAAGAACCUGUCCACUGCUCCUGGGCGCGUGACUGAGGGUGAAGCAUCCGCCAGUGCUGCCAAGGGUCCAUACUAUUUUUUUGCUGCCUCAGAGUCCCCAAGGCCUUCAAGCAGAAGUGGCAGUAGAUGGUUGCCAUCUCCCAAGCGAGACACUGACUGGGACAACAGGAGAACAGAACCUCUGGGUUUGGGUGGAACUUGGCAGUGGGGACGUUCAACUGAGGCCUUCUCUACUCCGUCCGAGCACACGUGUGUCUUCACCUUCCCUCACCCCGCCCCCAGCCUGCUCAGGUCUCCUCUGUCCCUUUCCUGCUGCCACACAGAGAUGAUAUAAAAGAGGCUCUUUGGCUAUUCGCAUCUUGCUUCCUCUUCUUUUCCAGUAUUGAGCUCUGUUUGCUUUGUUCAAGCUUAAAGCCCCAAUAGCAGUACCUACCAGAGUUGUUCUGCCCUUUCAGGGGUCCUGGGGAAGGGAGCGCACAUCACCUGUUUCCCAGAGCGUGGAGGCAAGUUGGCCCGCGCUGACAUGAGCCAGGGUAAAGGCACCCUUUGGAAUUACUGAUUUCUAAGAUUAAUAAAGUAAUUCUAUUUUU